AUGUUUCAGCGCCUCCGCGACGCCAUCGACUCUCGCAUCGCCGAGGAACAAGCUCGCCAAAAAACCGCUCAGGAUAACCUUGCCCGGUCCUCCUCCACCCGUCGCGGCAAUCCCAAUAACCUCUCCCCCGGCGGCCAGCGAUCCCGCCCAAGACGACACUCUGGCACUCCCGUCCGCGGUCCUGACCCCAAAGAAUUCGAGGGCGAAUUUACCAUCGGCGAUGAUGAAUCCUCUACCCGUUCGGCUACUCCACGUCUAGAUACUCCCGAUGCCGCAUCCGAAGUAAUCACUCCCGCCGACGGCGAAGGCGAUGGCGAUGGCAGCCGCGCUGAGGAAGCUGGAGGUGACGCCGAUGCCGAAGGCGGAGCCGGAGCUGAAGCCAAGGAUGGCGAUUCGAAGGGAGACAACAAAGCGACAACCGAGAAGUCUGAAAAGUCAGCCAAAGAUGACCCCACCGAGACGGAAAAGCAAGUCUCGGCUGAACUGCCCGCCGAAGUUAAGGGCAAGCUGAGGAGACUCGACAAGUUGGAAUCGCGAUACCAUGAACUCCUCAAAGCCUACCGAACCGCCCACUCGCGUGUCCUAUCGAUUGAACCUUUCGAAGCCGCCCUUCGCGAAAAUACUCCUCUCACCUCGAUCGGCGAACCCAAAGCUUUGACCGAGUAUCUGAACCAGAUGUCACUCAAGAGCGACAUGGUCGUGGAGGAACUCAAGCGCGUGACCGAGGACCGGGAAGACUACAAGAAAAAGCUCGAGGAAGCGCAGAAAUCGGCCAAGGACGCAUGGGACGAGGUUGCGGGGCUGAAAAAGGAGAAUGAGGCAAAGCCCGCCCAGAGCUCCAAGGACGAAAAGAAGAAGCAAAGGGAGAAGCAGGUCACCCCCGACGAAGAGAAGGAGACUAGCGAGGAGUUCUUCUCAUUCGAUAACGAGGUGCCCCGUCUCGAGGGCGAGCUCAAGGAGCGAGAGGAGGAGAUUGAGACGCUCAAGACCGAGGUUGAAUCGUUGAAAAAGGACAUUUCUGUUACGCGCGAGUCGACAGAAGGUAUGGUUCAAAAUUUGGAGACUUCUGCUCGGGAAUUGGUCGAAUUGCGCGAUACCAAGGAUAGCUUGGAUGCGGAGAUUCAGGACUUGAAGACCUCGAAGGUGAAGGAUGUCGACGAGUUGAAAGAGAAGUUGGUAUCGGCUGAGACGACGAUUGGAAAGGUUACUGCCGAAGCUGAGCAGCUCAGGACCGAUCUCAAAGAGAAGACUGAUCAGAUCGAGAAGUUGCAUGCCCAGGUCGCUGAAUCUGGUAACUCGAAGAAGUCCGAAGCCGAUGCUGAAAUUGCCUCGCAACUCGAACAGGCCAAGAAGGACAAGGAUGCCAGUGAGAAGAAGCUCAAUGUUGUUCAAGGUCUGGUGGAUAACCUCCGAUCACAGUUGAAGGACACCGAGGCAAGCGUUUCGGAUCUGAAGAAGGAAGUCAACGAGAAGUCUGAGAGCUCUGCUCAACUCCAAAAGGUCGUCACUUUCGUCGAUGAUAAUUUUAAGGGCAACGCUGCUUGGAAGACUGCCAGGGAGAACGUUACUGCUGGUCGCAAUGCUGACUUUGAGGAGGUUCGUAAGAGCCUUGCUCCAGUCGUGCAGGCGCCGGAGCCCAGUGUCGGCAGCCCCGCCGAGGAAGAGACCCAGCCUGCUCCAGCAGCAACAGCUGCUGGAGGCGGUGGUGGAAAGAAGAAGAAUAAAAAGAAGAAGAAGGGCGGCAAGGCGGCUGAGGAACCGGCGAAGCCUGCUGAUACUACUCCUAAGGAGAAGCCAGCUCAAACGGAGACAGCCCCAGCGGAGACAGUUCCCUCCGCCGAGUUGGACCAGCUUAAGCAGAAGAUUGAGUCAUUGACGCAUCUUCUUGAGGAGAAGGAGGCGGCCAUCGACCGUCUCAGUUCGAAGCUAAAGGGCGAGGAGGAUCUGAAGGAGGAGAUCGAGAGCCUUCGCGAUGAUCUGGUCAACCUCGGCCAGGAGCAUGUCGAGUCUAAGGACAAGAUCAAAGAGCUUACUGCUGAGAAAAACGCACUGGAGGAAACCAUUGGCAAAUUGGAGAAGGAGUUGAUCGAACUCCGCACCAGCAAUGAGUCUAGCACAGCCGACUCUCACAAGAUGCACACAAGCCUCAAGGAGGAAUACGAAACUCUCAAGGUUCGCGCCGCAACCCUGGAGACCGACCUUUCAGCCGCCCAACAACUGGCGGCAACCCGUUUCAAGGAUCUUACCGAUCUGCGUGAAACUAUUCAAAAGAUCCAGCCCGAAUUGCGUGACUUACGCGCGGAAUCUUCCGAGCUGAAGAACCUGAAAGAAACCCUAUCCAACAAGAAUACCGAGUUAAUUGCCCUUGAAGCCAAGCACGAGGACCUACGUGCGGAGGUGCGCAACUCGAAGACCAAGAUCACAGAGCGAGACAACGAAGUCAAAACUCUGAACAAGAAGAUCCGACAGGAGACCGAUAGUCGUCUGAAGGCUGAAGAAAAUCUCACCGUCGCUCAGUCAGACCUACGCUCGGCCGAAACCAAGAAGCAAGAGGCCAUCAAAGCCAAGGAGAAAACCACCGGAGAACUCACCAAAUCCCAAGAUGGCCUCAAGGGCUCUCGCACUAAAAUCCGCGAGUUGGACGAACAACUAGGACAAGUGACGAAAGAACUUGAAGGCCUGCGCGAAGAGAUUUCUCUCAAAACCGCCCAACACUCCAGCGCGCAGUCUUUGAUGAACAGCAUGCGCGACCAGACAACCGAAAUGGCAAUGCAAAUGAAAGAAGCACGUGAGAAGUGCGACAGUCUCGAAGAAGAGCUAGCAGACGCCCACCGCCUCCUCAACGAGCGAACCCGCGAAGGCGAAACGAUGCGCCGCCUUCUCAGCGAAAUCGAAGGCCGAGCCGAGACCAAGGUCCGAGACUUUAAAGAGCGAAUGGAAGCCGCCGUCGAAGAGCGCGACCGCGCCGAAGACGAAGCCAGCACCCAAGGACGUCGUCGGGCGCGCGAGAUGGAAGAUCUCAAGGCCAGGGUGCGCGAUGCUGAGCGCGCGCUACGUACGGCGGAACAGGACAGAGAGGAGCUGGAACAGUCGCAGAAGGACUGGCGACGACGACGCGAUGAGCUGGAACUUCUUUCCGAACAAUCGACGCAAGAGGCAGAGGAAGUUCGCGCAGCGAUGUCCGGAUUACGCGAACAGCUAGACGAGAGUGAGAAGCAGGUGCGCGAUCUGGAGAAAGAGAAAGCUGAGCUCCGCCGCUCAGUCGAGGAGACGAAUAACAGAUUGGAGAAACUGCGUCGUUCACACAAGACUCUUGGCGAAGAUGUUCGUCUGCGCGGAUCCCCAUCUGGGAGACAGUCGUCGCGGUCAUCGAUGGAUUCUGGGUCCAGGCGUGGACUUGCGUCGCCGCCUGGGCAGCAGGAGCGAAGUGCUUCGAUUCACCGAAGUGAGACGCCUACGGGGACUGGCAAUGCUAAUGCGAAUGCGGCAAUCGACUAUAUGUAUCUGAAGAAUGUCCUGCUGCAAUUUAUGGAGCAGAAGGAUAAGAAUUAUCAGAAGCAGCUUGUUCCUGUUUUGGGCAUGCUGCUCCAUUUCGACCGGUGA